CUAAACGCUGCCAUGAGUGGUCCCUGCAAGUCUGAGCAGAGACCCCAGUCAGUGCAUUCAGAUAUCCCCUAGAGCGCCCUCUCUGGGGAACUGAUGGGUGCCAUCACCUGUUGCUUGAUUGUGGAUUGUGACAGAUGCCACAGCUUCCUUCAUCAAAAAUGGCCUAGGUAACGUUAAUAACGUUGGAGUUAAAAAUUCAGGUGUUCUAACAACAACAGAAGCCACUAAGAGAUUUAAAAUAGGAAGACAUUGCCCAUUUUGUUUUGUUUUCAAAAACUGCUUUCCUAUGGGGAUCGCUUAGACAAGAACAAGGUUGAUGACAAGGAAGUCAGAAAAGAAGCUGCUUGCUGCCGAGGGGACAAAAGGAGCCAUCUUCCUGGAAAGGGAUGGUGAAGAAGAAAAGCAGUAGACUGAUUCAGAAACGGCAAGACAUCGUGACUGACUGACCGAACGCCUAAAGGAAAGUCAAAAAUCAGCCUUGGCUUUCUGCCUCAGACAACUGAGGUGUCUGCUAUUCUAGCUCUCGGGUCAGCCUCGUCUCUAAACACUGGGCACACUGGGCUUCCUGGGUCCACCUACCCAAGCCAGCAUGCUGCUUGAUGACAUCAGCACAUGCAUGCAGCUAUCUUCACAAAGGUAGAUGAUGUGAGGGCGGUCACCUCCAAUCCCACCCUUCAUUGCUACACUCUUGGCUUUGCCUGCCUGUGAAGAGGCAGUUGGGUUGUGUCUCUUAAGCCAUGACCAUGUGUCCAUGGUGAUCUGUAUUCCUUUGUUUGGAGAGCUGAAGUAUUGGGAUUGGAAAACAUGGAACAGCUGUGUAAGGAUUACUGUUUCUCUCUGAGAUACUCAAACAAGUCAUUGUAUUCACCAUCAAGUUACACAACAAUAAUACAGAGACAGAACCUUGUCUGCUUCCUCAGAAACCCACACUAUGGCAGCCUUAUUUACGCUGAUGGUCAUGGCGAAGUGUGGACAGAUUGGAACAGCAUGUCCAAGUUUUUUCAGUACGGGUGGAGAUGCAGCACUAAUGAGAACUCAUACUCAAAUCGUACUCUGAUAGGCAACUGGAACCAGGAAAGAUACGACCUAAAGAAUAUUGUAAAACCCAAACCCUUGCCCUCCCAGUUUGGACACUACCUUGAAUCAACGUAUGAUGCAAGUUACAACAGCAAAAAGCCACAGUCAGCCCAUAGAUUUAAGCGAGAGCCUCAUUGGUUCCCUGGACACCAGCCGGAGCUGGAUCCUCCUCACAACAAAUGCACUGAGAAGUCAACUUUUAUGAAUAGCUAUUCAAAGCCUCUGCCCACUCAUUACUCUUGGUGUGUAUGUGAUCCAAACAUGGAGCAAUCUGAGGAUCCGAGAAUCUAAGAGAGAAAAGCAGCAUCAUUUUUGCCUAAAGUAAACUGUAGAAAGGAGCACGUUUUAAGCAGAUUCAAGCUUCGCUCUUAACACAGACUGUCUAAAUAAAGCACGAGACACCAAAGAACAAACAAAAUCUCCAUUUGUUUACUCUAACUGUCCUAGUGCGUUUUUAUCAACACAAACCUAGACAGACAUGUCUGGGGAGAGGGAAUUUUAAUUGAGACAUUACCUCCAUACCAUUAACCUGUAGCCAAGCCUGUAGUGAGUACAUUUUCUUGAUUAAUGAUGAAUCUAGGAGGGCCUACCCCACGGGUCAGUGCCACCUGGAUUCUAGAAGAAAGCAGGCUGACCAGGC